AUGACUAACUCGAGGGACUCUUCUCGACCUCUUGUCGGCCGAGUGCCUCACUCUCGCAACGCACAGCUGUCCGGCAAGCCGCAGAAACGCCGCACUUUGGCCUCUCGUGGGAUUAUAGGGUAACAAACCCUUUGAACUUGUCAAAGUUUGGUUUAGGGCUUAGGGCUUAGGGUUUAGGUUUUAGGUGAGAUUGAAUCGAUGCCACAACCUUCUUUUUUGGGACAGCCGCCGGCGUGCCGUUUGUGUGAGAGGACAGACCUCCUGUCGGCGGAAACUGUCGUCUUCGAGUGAGUGCAGAUCUCCGCCACUGCAUCAUCACAACGUGGCAUCGUCGAGCUCUUCUGGCCAUAACACUCACCCACAGGUGAGCACAGAGAGCACAACGCCGCGCAGCACCGAUGCACGGCUGAGAGUUUCUUUGCUGCCUGGCCCGUUUGUCACGCAGGUGGCUGUCGCAUCGUCCUGUCGGUAUCGUGUGGGCAGCCGCGUGCUGAUGGUGUCGGACGGAAAGGCAAGGAAGGGCAGCCACUUGUGGGUGGUGGCCGUCGUGUCCAAGCUGGAGCCGACUGCGGGAGGGACGAGGGUCUUCAUGCGGGAGGUCGGUGGUAUGGAUGAGGAGUUCAAGACAGUAGUGCCCAACGCCACAAGACACUUCCACGAGCUUGACGACAUCAAGGCAGUAAGCAGACACACACACACACACACACACACACACAGGGAUGUCCUGUUUGACGAGGAUCGGGUGCGAUGGCUUCAAAUGGGUUGGCCGUAAGGUUGUCCAGCAGCAGAGCCUCGAUGGACAGAAGGUACACACCUGCACGGCAUCGCUGACAUGAAUCCAUCCUCCUCGACUCACGUGUCGCCUCUUGGUUGCGCAGAGCGGCGAGCCGUUCUCUAUCCUCGACGCCAUCGUCGAUCGCCUCGGGCUUUAUGAGGUGGCGGCUUUGUCGAGGGAUUUCAUGGACCUGCUGGGCGUUGCAGGGUGUGCCGCUCUCUUUGGUGCCUGCAAGACACUGAACGUCGCCACCAACAUCACCACGAGCAUCCAGGAGCGCAUCGACGAGCUGCUGCGCGAGCAACAGAUCGACGGCGUGCUGACGUACGACCAAAACACCACCCAAACCCAGCAGCAGCAGCCGCAGCAGCAGCAGGGAGGGGCCGGGCAGCAGCAGCUGACCCGACGGGGGUUUCUGGUGCGCCUGUGGUGGGUGCUGGUCAAGGGCGGGCAGUGGGCGGGCAACAAGCCGAUCCUGCGCCUGGCCAGGAGCAGUGGCCGUCUGGCGUCCCUCCCACUCAUCAUCACAUCGGCUGACGUGCUGCUGGUGACGGCCGACAAGGACCUCUACCUCGACCGCCCAGAGGCCAUCCGCCAGUACAGCCUCUACGCCCACCGACUGGGCGACAGUAUGCAGCUGACGCGCUUUGCCUUCAGGGCUUAGAUUCUGGGCGGGUGGGACAGGCUGGGCGAGUGUGUGGUGAGGGUGCACACACAGCGGACGGUGGCGGAUGAGUAUGCGGAUCGAUUCGAUGGUGCCGAUCCCCCGUGCCGAUGUGAGAGAGGGGAGGGCACAGCACCACAGGAGAGCCAACUUGACAUGGAUGCUGUCUGCCGCUGUGUGUUUUUGUGUGUCUGCAGACCGAGGUAACGAGUUCGACGAUGGUUUCGACUACAGCAGCUUCCGUGACGUGAUCAUCGACGAGUACGCAGCGACUCAAAUGACAGAAGAAACAACACACCAAUGUGUCAUGUUGUCUGGCUUUUCGCUACCUGCUCUUUCAGGAUGACAGAGUGGUCGUUGCGGCAUGUGUCGCAUCAGGACUGGCGUCCGCCCUGUGCUGAGUGUGACCGCAUCUGUGGCCUGAUCGACCAGCAGCCGCCCCUGUGGGACGGCUGCCGCACCAUCGACUACACCUUGACCACCAACCGCGGCCCAUACCGGCUCGUCAUACUGCAUGGCGAGGAGGAGGGCGACGACUUGGCGGUAUCCAUCAUCAUGGCCAAGCCUAAACCCUGGGGUAAUGGGUCGGCAUCCAUCUACCUCUACACCACCGAGGCGCCCCAGCCGGGCGGCAGUGGCCCUGCUGCCUUCCCGCGGGCAGUGGCCAUCGCCCACAACAAGAUGGGCGACGCUGUGCGGCUACUGCCAAACAUCUGA